AGGGGCUUGCAGAAUCAUUUCAGUGGGGAAACACAUGCAUUGUGCAGGGCGCAGUUCCCAGCACGAUUCGGAUUGUUCCGAACGAGCCCGCAAACGUUUGUUCCUCCACCCCCUCCAUCGCGGGACCGCCAUUGUCCGCGCCGUUCAAUCACAUGGAGAGGAAAUCGCCGAAACCCCCGGACCGGCGCUCAGCCCCAUUAUGCCGACCGCUGUGGCUGUGCAAUAUUUAACAGCAAUCCAAUGGGGUAACUAGGCAAUAAUUGCAAUUGCCCAACUUUCGGUGCAUUAUCAUUGCCACAGAGAUACAUUAUUCGGCAUGUGGCGCACGACCAGACAAUGGGGUUGUGGACCGUGGCGAAUUAGAUACUGCUGCCCGGCGGCACUGGGAAAUAUACCUACCUGCCGUGGUUCGAGGUUUGAAUCACCUUUGAGCUCAGCCCGUUCACGUACCCAGUAUUCUUGUCUUGCUGAGGCUGGCAUCGGGACAAGAAAAAUGUCUCUUUCGUUCUGGGCUAUCCUCUGCUUCCUCGUCGUUGGCGUAUACUUGGCGACUCGGCGUUUUGGGCUAUGGAUUCUCGAGACGACAACCUCGUGGCUUCUUUCAACGUUCAACCCUGGCGUGCUGCCCGGCGGCAAGCCCUUGUCGGGCCCCAAGUGGCAGUUCCCCAACGGCGCGAUCCUCCAGCGAUUCAUCGACGGCCGAGCCAGCUCCGAGAGUUGGCGCAAGUAUGGCGCCGUGUACCGGAUCUGGUCGGGGCCGCACCCGGAAAUCGUCAUCACGACUCCGGAAGACCUCAAACACUUUAGCACCGACGCCAGCGACCACGGCAAGCCACACAACAUGAACCUAGGCUGGUUUCUCGGCGAGGUGCUGGGCAAGUGCCUCGGGCUACUCGGGGGCCAGGACUGGCGGCGGCUGCGGAGGAUCUUCGACCCGGCCUUUACGCACAGCGCCGCCGUGGCUCGCAUCGACGUCGUCGACGGCGCCGCGCGCAAGUACGUCGCGGAGCUCCCGCGAAUGGCGGCGGGGACGAGCACCGGCACGAGCCACGCGGGCGGCGACAAGGACACGUCGCCGCCGUCGUCGCCGUUCAACCUGCUGGCGGUGGAGGCCUUCACCAAGUUCCCGUACUUCCUAACCGCAAGCGCCAUCUACGGGCCCAUGACCGACGCCGAGGAGCGCGACCUCUGGCGCGUGACCGAGAAGCGCAUCGCUCUCGCCCCGUGCUUUCUCAUCGGCGGCCCGUACCGCUUCGCCCUGGCCUCUCGCGUCUUCGACCGCGCCGCCGUGCGCCGCAUGCGCGAGUACGAGCGCGAGUGGCGCCAGUAUAAUUCCCGCAUGGUCCAGGCCAGGCGUGCACGCGGCGACGGAAAGGCGCCGGUUGUCACGUACUGGGAGGAAUACGAACGAGGAAACAUGUCGUUGACAGAGCUCCUGCACACCCUGGACGAGCUGCUCAUGCUCAAUCUUGACGUCAUCACCCACGUCCUAACGUGGUUCAUCACGCUUGUCGCCGACCACGAGCACGUCAAGCGCGAGCUCCGCGACGAGAUUGCCGAGAACCAGGCUAGUGUGCUCGAGUACCUUGCAAAAACCGACACGCAUCUGCACCGGUGCUUUACCGAGUCCAUGCGGGUCCGUCCGUUUGCUAUUUUUACUCCUGGAGAAUUCUCGUACUCGGUCAAGAACUUCCACGGCGUUCUUGUAAAGCCAGGGACGCAAAUCCUGGUCGACGUCCUGGCCAUCAACGUGCGGAACCCGUUCUGGGGCGCCAACAGCGAGUCCUUCGAGCCUUCGAGACUGAAGAACAUCAAGCCGUCCGAGCUCCGGCACAAUCUUCACUCGUUCGGUAUCGGUAGCCGUAAGUGCAUGGGGCAGUAUGUGGCCGGCCACAUUGUAAAGGCGCUCGUGGUUCACCUGUUCGGCGAGUUUGAGGUCCAGGUCCUGGACGGCCGCCGGCAAGGGGGCGACGGCUACGACGUUGACAAGUCCAGCUGGACGCCAAAGGCGGGCGCCUCGCUGCGGCUUACAAAGCGAGAGAGUUUACUGUCGUAAUUCGAGACUCGAUUUGGCUUUUGGACUAGGUAAUUACUGUUGAACAGUCAAGCCACACGUAUGACGAUAGUAUCAUCACCUGACGGACGGAAGAGUAGUGGCAUAGUGGAGGGGUAUAGGGUUAGGUCUGGUACUAUCUAAAGAGACUUCUUAGCAGCUCCUCAGCUCCUUUAACGGUCCCUAUUUUUCUCUACAUAUUUUUAGGCCGCCUACUAUCCCUAGUCUAAUAAAAAUCUAGACUACCAGUUAUAAACGCUCUAAUUAUUUCUUCG